GGCACCAAUCCAUAUCGGUCUCAACCCCGCACCCAAUUUCUCAUUACACAGUCCCUCCCCGUUUACGUCACCCUCGAUCUCCAUUCCCAUUCGUCAAUCGUCACGCAGAUUCAGACCCUUUUUUCUCCUCAGGUACCCUUCAUCUUUUCUCCCUCUAGAUUCACUCCGGUAUCCAUAUUAUUUACUUUUCUGGGUUCUCUUCGAAUCCAGCUUUUGAAUGGUACAUAUUUCCCAAGAUUCACUACCUUGUGUGUUUGAAGUCUCUAUUUGCCUACUUUGAUCUCUAGAAGGUCAAAUCUUUACUGGGUAUUCAAUGAAUUGGUGAGUAAAGCCGCGAAUUUUCUGAUUUUGGGAUGUGAAAUUUGGCGGAGGAAUGGGGGUUUGGUUGUUUUGUGAAUCUGUGUGUAGACUGGGUUUGAUGGAAUUAAUGUUUUGAUUUUAGCUAGCUUAGUUUAAGAAGUUGUAAUAAUAGUAAAGAUGCCUGCAAAAGAGAAAGUGGUGACAACCUUAUCCAUGGAAAGCAAUCAUUUUUCCACACUUUUGUCCAUGGAUUCCACCUCAGUUCCCCAUGAUGAAAUUGAGAGGGAAUUGAAUCUGGGUGCUAUUCCUCCUGAUAUCAAUAUCCCACUUUCAGAUGCCCCUACCACUUUCCAAUGCUCAGAUGAAUUCAUGUUGGAUGCUUGUCUUGGUUCCCAGCCAUGUGAGGCUGAUAUGAAUGGCAAUGCUACCAAGAUUGGGAAGAAGUGUGCUAAGAGGCUUGAUAGUGUUUGGGGUGCUUGGUUUUUCUUCAAUUUCUAUUUUAAGCCGGUUUUGAAUGAUAGAUGUAAAAUAGUUCGUCAGGGUAAAGGUGUUUCGGGGUAUGAUAAGUCAGACUUGAAAUUGGAUGUUUUCCUUGUUCAGCAUGAUAUGGAGAAUAUGUACAUGUGGGUUUUCAAGGAGAGGCCUGAGAAUGCUCUAGGGAAGAUGCAGCUGAGGAAUUUCAUGAAUGGGCACUCGCGCCAGGGAGAGAGGCCAUUCCCGUUUAGUGUGGAUAAAGGGUUUAUUCGGUCACACAAAAUGCAGAGAAAGCAUUAUAGGGGUCUGUCUAACCCGCAAUGUGUUCAUGGCAUUGAAAUCGUUAGGUCUCCCAACCUUGCAGGUCUCAACGAGGACGAACUAAAGAAGUGGAUGGAGCUUACGGGGCGGGAUUUGAACUUCUCCAUUCCUCCCGAGGCCACUGAUUUUGAUUCGUGGAGGAAUGUCCCGACUACAGAAUUUGAGCUCGAGAGACUACCUCCAAAAUGUAACUCAGUGAAUCCGAAAAGGUUGCUCAAUGGGUCUAGUCUGAAUUUAUCAACUCCGUCGUCAAACAAUGUCAACGGGGAAGGUCUAGACAUGUUGGCUGCCUGCAACAAACGAAAGAAGAGCACUUUCCCUCAUGGAAACGACGACGAUUUCUGUUUAUCUAACGGUUCAAACUCUGAGAGAAUCUCGGAUGCCCAUCAAAUUGAGCCGUCCUGGUUAAGUGAAUGUUCUGGGGUUAUGAGGUGCGCGUGUGGUCCAGUCACAGCUGCAAAAACUAUAUACGAAGAUGACGAGGGUUUCUUGAUCAUCGUUAGCAUGCCUUUCGUGGAUCUCAAGAGGGUAAAAGUUACUUGGAGAAACACCAUCUCCCACGGGAUUGUGAAGAUAUCAUGCAUUAGCACUGGAUGUGCCCCGACAAUCAAAAGACAAAACCGGUCUUUCAAGCUCACCGAUCCAGCUCCCGAACACUGCCCUCCUGGGGAAUUCGUCCGAGAAAUUCUCCUCCACUCUCGCAUUCCAGAGAACGCUAAACUAGAAGCAUUUGGUGAUGAGACUGGGACAAUGCUCGAGAUUCUUGUACCUAAACACCGUGUAGGACCAGAGGAGCACGAGGUUCAAGUGUGCCUCCAUCCCUCUCCUUGGAGUGAAUCGUAAAUGUGCUUGCAUUGCUUUGGUUAAGAAGUUAUGGUUAGUCCACUUACAGAAUAUACAUAUAACUAAAAUUCUUAUUUAGCAUAUAAUAUAUAUAUACAAGUAAGAACCUUCUUUUUGCAUUCUCUCCUAUUGUCAUUUGUGAUGCAUUAAUGUAAUUCUGUAAUGCAGAGAAUGAACUAACUCUAUAUUAGUAUGUGAAUCAUAGGUUGAUUUAGCUGUGUUUUUGUUUCAGCCUUAAUUAAGAAAGAAACAAUGUCAAAUGUUUGUAGCUUUUAAGAA